AUGGAUCCGCUAUUUCUCGCUAAUAGUUACUUUCGACGUCGACGCUUUGAUGAUUGCGUCGAACUCUGCAAUAAAGUCUUGCAAAAAAAUCCGUAUGAACAAGCUUUCUGGUAUUUAAAGGCCCGCGCGCUUACAGAACAAGUUUAUGUAGAUGAAGUUGAUUAUGAUGAAGAAGGAAUCGCUGAGAUGUUAAUGGAUGACAAUGCUAUAGCAAAAGUCGCAAGGCCAGGGACAUCAUUUAAUAAACCUACAACAAGUUCUGGUGGCCCGAGCCCAAGCGUACGGCCGACAACUCAAUCAGGUAGGCCACUAAGUGGGUUUCUAAGGCCAGGUACUCAAGGUGGCCGACCAGGCACAAUGGAACAAGCAAUACGGACACCAAGAACAGCACAUACUGCAAGACCAGUUACUAGUGCUUCUGGUCGCUAUGUAAGGCUUGGAACGGCAUCAAUGUUAUCACAACCGGAUGGGCCUUUUAUCAAUGUAGCUCGUUUGAAUUUAUCAAAAUAUGCAAGCAGACCAAAUCUUAGCAAAGUUCUUUUCGAAUAUCUAUUUCAUCAUGAGAACGAUAUACGUAGCGCUUUGGAGUUAGCAGCUUUAACCACUGAGGCAUGCCAGUUUAAGGAUUGGUGGUGGAAAGUCCAAUUAGGAAAGUGUUAUUACAGGCUAGGAUUGUUACGUGAAGCAGAAAAGCAAUUUAAGUCGGCUUUAAAUAUGAUUGAUAUGGUAGAUACAUUUUUAUACUUGGCCAAGGUCUAUGUUCGUCUUGAUCAACCGCAAAAGGCUCUAGAAGUAUUUAAUAAGGGAAUCGAAGUUUUUCCAGGAGAAAGCACAUUAUUGACGGGAAUUGCUCGAAUUUAUGAGGGAAUUAAUGAUUUGACGAGUGCUGUUAAAUAUUACAAAUCAGUCUUGCAUCAUGACAAUACCCAUGUCGAAGCUAUUGCUUGUAUAGCUACCAAUCAUUUUUACUCAGAUCAACCAGAAAUUGCGUUAAGAUUUUUCAGACGGUUAUUACAAAUGGGAGUUUAUAAUACACAACUCUUCAAUAAUCUUGGCUUGUGCUGCUUUUAUGCUCAACAAUAUGAUAUGACAUUAAAUUGUUUUGAGCGAGCACUACAAUUAGCAUCGGAUGAAGAAAUGGAUGAUGUUUGGUAUAAUCUUGGCCAUGUAGCCUUGGGAAUAGGUGAUAUGACUGUAGCAUAUCAGUGCUUUAAGUUGUCAUUAACAUCGAAUAACAAUCAUGCUGAAUCAUAUAACAAUCUUGGAGUUUUAGAAUUAAGAAAAGCAAAUAAUGAGCAGGCAAGAGCAUUUUUUCAGAGUGCUGCCUCUUUGGGAUCACAUAUGUACGAGCCACAUUACAAUUUUAGUGUACUUGCUGAAAAGUCUGGCGAUUUGCAUAGCAGCUAUGUAUCGGUUAAUAAGGCGCUUACUUCCUUCACGGAUCAUAUUGAAUCUCGAAAUUUGCUGUCACAGUUAAAAGAGCAUUUUGCUGCAUUAUAA